CCCUCAUGUUCUCUCUUAUAAAGUGAUUAAUCCUCAUAAAAAAUCAGAAGUUUUAUAGAAUUUGUGUUAAUCUCAACCGAACUCUUGAAUUUAAAUUACUUUGCACAACCUAUUCCCAGGGUAGCUAAAGCAUCAACAUAGAAUCAUAGAUACCAUGCGCUAUACUUUUUAUUAGACCAUAAAGUGCAGUGUCAAUAUUGGAGAUAUCCUAAUCUCCUAAUAUGCCUUGCAACAUGUUAUGCUAGGGGUUUCUAGAUGGAGGUUUCUAAAGUCUUUUGCUGAGUUCUUUUCUUGAUUUGUUAACAUGUAGAUUUAAAGUUGAUUUCAUCUAAUUAUUUGGAUUAUUAUCAGAAAAUUGUUUCUCAAUAUUCUAGAGUUCAUGGUAAGAAACUUUUCAACUAGUAAUGAGACCAUUGAUGAGAGACAAGACAGGACCGUAUAAUCUAGCUGUGUGUUUUGUACUCAUGAACAUUCUCAAUUUUUUUGUCUUGAAGAUUAAUGAUUUACACCUGUAAACUAGUUAUAUGAAAAGGAUUGAUUAUCUAAACUAGGUGAUCCAAUCCACACAAAUAAAAAAACAUGGUUGUCAACUUCCACCAUAUGAAAGCGAGAAAAAAGGGGGAAGGUGUUUGUUGAGGUUGGCACAAAUACUUGUAGGUCAUUCUGUGUCCAUUUUUAACAACUCUGAUGAUUUUUGCUGAUUUCUGUAUAUACUGUAUGCAGAGUCUAGCGCUUUACAGGCAAAAAUUGGAUGAUAUGCUUCAGUGAAUUUUGAGAAGGGCAGAGGACUACCACUACCCUUAAUUCUUCAUCUUGGAUGGAUCUUUGCAUAUGUUACAAAACAAUUGAAGCAGGUGAGUACUACAAGAGUUCAUGGAUUCUUUUUGUGCAAUGUUGUGGAUGCACAACCACAGCGACAAGUUUUUUGUGUCACAGAGUCGUAUACCUUCUUAUUUUUCGACAUGUAUACUACAUACAAGAGAAGGUUUUUGUUUUCCCCUUUCUUAAUAAACGGACAACAAAUUGUGAAGAAAAAGACCCACAAUGUACAUUUUAGCAUUGCAAGUCUGUUAAAGGCAUCAUGAGGACAUUGCAUUGUUGCUGUGACUUCUUAAAAUGGGAUAAUAUAUGUGACCAAUUCAU